AUGAGCUUCUAUCUCGCUGUUAAACGACUAAUUGAUAUUGGUUACCCAAAAGAAAUCCAGAGUCUCAAAUAUAGAUCGGGAUUCGUGGUACGCAAUGCGUGGUACGAUAAGCGACUAGGAAACCUUCUGAAGACCGAUGAGCACUGUAAUAUCCUCACAGCGUUUCAUGGGUUCAGAAAGCUGGACAGAAAAGAGAUCCGUGUGCAGUAUCCGAACAAACAUGUAGCAUUAGAAGAAGCACGUAUAUUUGUUUUGAACACCGUGUUCAACCUAUCUGAAGGUGUGCUACUCGCGUCCCUGGUCGAUUAUUUCGACAGUCAUGAGAAUGUGUAUGAAAAGUUGCCGAGCGGGACUGGAUACCUCAAAAAAGAUACUCAACAAAUUAUACUCUACUCAACAUUUUUUAAUGAUUGCAGAAAUGCUAUUGAUUGGAUCCAUGUUGUGGGCGAUUUCAAGAAAAAUCUGCAGAGAUCUCUCGACUUACAUUGCGCAAGAUCACCGAGCAGUGCAGAUGAUGAAGACCUUAUCACAGCAUGGAAAGAAACUCUUCCUACUAACAAACUCACCUUGACAUUGAUGGGGGGACGCCAUGUGAUGGGGAGAGGAUGGCAGGAGCUGUUCGACGUGGUUAUCGUGAACGGUGAUAAGCCCAAGUGGUUUUACAAGAUUACGCGUUCAAAGAGACCUGGCGACUGGGUAUGGAGAAGAUUGGGAACCACUUCGGCCCGUUCCAAAAAGGAGCCGUCUACAUGCAGGGGGUGCGCGACUGCUUUCAUCCAGCAAAUGGGUUUGGCCGGUAAAGACAUUCUCUACGUCGGCGACCACAUCUUCGGUGACGUGCUCAAGUCCAAAAAAGCCGGAGGAUGGCGCACAUUGCUCAUAGUGCCUGAACUAAACAGAGAAAUGGAGAUAUGGUCAAGACAAGCUGAAAAGUUCCAUGAACUUAACGAUUUGAACAACAGCCUGAACACUCCUGAGGCGAAGGAAGAUGUCGGUGCUAAAAAGGAAAUUCUUAGAGAAAUUGCUAGAAUUACGACGAUAUGGAAGCGAGUUUUGGCGCCAUGGUUCUUGCUGAGAUUGGGAUGGAGGAACUUUAUUUGUUCACAUCGUGAAACUGACGCGGACCAUGUACACAUUCAUGUGAUACAUAUUUGUCGAAUAUCUCACUGCAACUGGCUGUCAACUCUCAUUUUUCUUCCUCACGAAGAAAAGUUCUUGCACAGCAUCGCAUGUGCAAGUCGUAAGGCAGCUGAAGGAGUUCAAGCUUCUGAGGAGAUAGGAAAUCAAGAAGAAGGGAGAACUCAACCUUCGUCAGCAGAAACU